AUGUUUGACGAGAAGUCCCCUGAUUCGCCCGACUCGGACUUUGACCCUAGAAAACCUUCAACUAGAGUCUUGGGUACUCAAAUAGCAAUUGCUGUGGCAUUAGGGAGUAUAUCUUUCCUAUCAUUUUGUAUACUACGAUACCGAUGGCCCAAGUUAUAUGCAGCCAGGACUGCUAGGAAGAAGGGUAUUCCGCCACUUCCACAGUCACUUUUCGGGUGGUUAAUUGCAUUGUAUAAUAUCACGGAACAAGAGAUUCUCGAUUAUGCUGGAUUAGAUGCUUUUGUAUUUCUAGGCUUUUUCAAAGCUUCGAUCCAACUUCUGUCGCUUUGCACAGUGUGCGCUGUGACGGUCAUUAGCCCCAUUCGAUUGCAUUACACUGGAAAAUAUGACCAGGGUGAAGACUAUGAUACCAUGACUUUGGUGAGAAGGUCUAUGAUGGCUAUUUUACCACGAACAACAUAUCUUGAUGGGUAUGCUAAUAAUGGCAAGAAACACAAAGGAGGGGAUGGCUCUUCACCUGAGGACUAUCCUCCCUAUUUAUGGGUAUAUGUCGUCUUCACAUAUUUAUUCACAAUAUUCGCAGCUGCUGUGAUGUUACGACAAACUCUAAAGGUAUUGCGAGUGCGUCAAAAGUAUCUUGGAGGUCAAAAUUCCAUUACCGAUAGAACUAUUAGAGUUGCUGGUAUUUCUCCUCGACUUAGAACAGAAGCUGCUAUUAAAGAACAUAUAGAAAACUUGGGCAUUGGAACAGUAAGAUCAGUCAGCAUUUGUCGAGACUGGAAUAAACUUGAUCGUUUGUUCGACGAGAGAGAGGUUAUUAUCAAUAAACUUGAAAGAGCAUGGAGCGAAUAUUUGGGCCCUACAUGGGAUGAGAGUGAGCAUGGAUUACCCACUCCGUCACCAUCAGAAUCAAAUAGCAGCUCUCGUGUGUCUAUUGGUCAACGGGUGGCAAAUGGAGUAGAAGAUUAUGAAUCUGAUUACGAGGAUUUAAUUGAUACUAAUGAGCAUUCAAGUUUGUUACUUCCCAGACAAAGUGCAUUGCAGCUUGGCUCGAAAAAUAGAGGAUUUACUAGACCAACUGAACGAGAGGGUCUUUUUGGUUGGUUCGGGCCCCGAGUUGAUGUCAUUGACAAGUAUACAUUUAGACUGGAAGAGCUGGAUGCUGAGAUUGCUGAAGUUCGUCAGCAAGAGUUUCCUGCCACAAGCACGGCAUUUGUUACUAUGGAUUCAGUGGCCAGCGCACAAAUGACUGCACAAGCUGUCCUUGAUCCAAGACCCUACAAAUUAAUUGCCGAUACAGCACCAGCACCUCAUGAUGUGGUAUGGAGAAAUUUGUAUAUGAGCAAAGGCGAACAAAUCGUUCGUACAUACUCGAUUACAUUUGCAAUUGCAAUUUUAACUGUUGCAAGUUUGGUGCCAAUCACAUCGUUGGCUUCAUUUUUACAGUUCGACUCCAUCAAGAAGAUAUGGCCAGCUUUGGCUCAGUUGCUUGAAAAAUCAGAAUGGGCAUUGGCAUUUGUUACAGGUAUUCUGCCUCCACUCUUGUUGACGCUAUUUAACGUAAUAAUGCCUUACUUCUAUGGAUAUCUUUCAACCUUGCAAGGAUUUGUCUCACAUGGGGAGGUCGAGUUGUCUGUGAUUAGUAAGAACUUUUUCUAUGUGUUCUAUAAUCUGUUCUUAUUCUUGACUGUUGCAGGUGCAAGCUACUGGUCCUACCUUAAAGAUACCACGCAGAUUGCAUAUGAGCUUGCCAAACAGAUGAGUCAACUCUCGUUGUUUUAUGUUGACUUGAUUAUUCUUCAGGGCAUCGGUAUGUUUCCUUUGAGACUACUUCAAAUGGGAAGUGUUUUACGAUUCCCUCUAUUUGCUGCUCAGUGCAGGACUCCCCGGGAUUAUCGAGAUUUGUAUAAACCAGCAAUAUUUAAUACUGGUAUCCAUUUGCCACAACCGUUAUCAAUUCUCAUAAUUGUUCUGCUGUACAGUGUGCUGUCAACCAAGAUUCUUGCAUUUGGAACCAUCUAUUUUAUAUUUGGUUAUUUCACUUACAAGUACCAGCUCAUAUAUUCGAUGGUUCACCCUCAGCACUCGACUGGACAAGCUUGGCCGCUUAUUUUCCGCAGGGUGUGCGUUGGUAUUGUCUUGUUUCAUUUGGCCAUGGCUGGUAUUCUGGCUCUUCAAAAAGCAUAUUUCCUAGCAACGAUGCUGGCUCCUCUACCGAUUAUGACUUUUGGAUAUUGGUAUAAUUUUGAGAAGAGUACAGCUCCACUUCUCCAUUUCAUUGCUCUACGUGCAAUUGAAACAAAAGGAAGUGCCGGCAAUAGCGUUCAAGGCGCUCAGCUAUCUGAUAAUGCCAUUGCUGAGGAAGAAGAUUCAGAUGAUUCUAACUCAGAUGGGUUUGGAUCGCAUACAUUCAGUCUUGUUCGAGGCUCGUUACCUUCGAGAAGUUCACCUCAGUGGGCCUCUUUAGUUCGUAGGCAACGGUCGAAGAGCAAAACAUUGGAUGAACAGCGGGAAAGAUUUCAGACAUACAUAAAUCCAAAUCUUGUCCGACCACUAGAUGGACCAUGGAUUGGUCUAGAGGGUGAUGAAGUGAUAUUUGUUGGUAGCGAAGGAACCCAAAGGAGGAAAGUGAGGUUUGAGGAGUGGGAAUAG